AAACACUCAAAAAAGCCGAUAAAUAAGAGCGGGAGGUUAUGUGAUGAUUUAUAAAUAAGUGUCAACGAACUGUCAAACGAAACGUCACUUACCGAAAUCCGUCCGCAAAAAUAAAAAAAAUAAAAAACAAAAAAUGACGCAGGAAGAAAAAAAAGUGCGACAGAGAGAAGGUAAAGGAAGUAAAACCGAGGCGAAAAAAUACAGUCAGGAUCAACAACAGGAUCAGGAUGUUCCAGUAGAACCGAAAUUUGGACCAAGAGUGUCAUUUCCUUAUCAGAAAGUCUGGUCUCGCUGUGUCCUGAUCCUGGGAGUCCUGCUGAUUGUCUGGUACAACAGCAAACGUGGCAAAGAGGUGUCAUUUGCACGGCAGAAAGACAUUCUAUUGAGUAGAACUCAAAAUCUAGAUUGUGCUAAUGACUACAAAGCUGAGCUAGCCACGUAUCCAGGCUGCGUACCAGAAAAAUGCGGCCGUGUCGUCACUGAUAAGCUAGUUUCUAACACCGAAACUGAGGUGCUGUACAAAAUAGCCUUGAAUGGAAUCAAUCUAGGCGGAUCUGACGGCGGAGCUAGCAUACUGGACCUUCACAGCGGAGCGCUUAGCAAGGGGAAGAAGUUUAUUGAUGUUUACUCGCUCGAGCAAGCUGCUAAAAUAUUUAAUCCUGCUGAUUUUGCUAUUUAUAAGGUUGUCAAGACUAAGAUUCAGCAUGCUGUUGCUCAUCACUUUGGAGUUGAUGCAGAUAAAAUUUAUUUAACAAAACCCACCUUUUUUUCGCGGAUGGCCAACGUCUCUGCCAAAACUGUUCAUGAUGAGUAUUGGCACCCUCAUAUUGAUAAGGAAACAUACGAACACUUUCAUUACACGUCUCUAUUGUAUCUAAAUGACUUUGGCCGAGAUUUCGAUGGUGGGAGGUUUGUAUUCAUUGAUGACAAUAAUGUCAACUCUACAGUCGAACCUCGUAAAGGCAGAGUGUCAAUGUUUACGUCUGGAGGCGAGAACCUUCACGCAGUAGAACCCGUGACCUCGGGAACGCGAUUUGCACUUACGGUUUCAUUCACGUGUAAUCCCGCGGCCGCGAUAGCAGAUCCAAGUUUAAAAACUUCCAAAAAACGUACGUGAAUUUUAAAAAUAAUCCAACCCAUCAGUAUUGAUAAAAUUUGUUACCUUGAUAUUUAUAAGUUAA